AAGCAGUUCUUCUAAAAAAAAAAAAAGAAGAAGAAGAAGACGACGACGAUUCUGGCUGAUUCAUUGUGGCCAGUUGGUUUUAUUCGACUGAGCCAGAAAAACUAACUCCUCUGAACACCUGAAAGAUUUGACAGCAGUUUUUUAACAGAUCUGAAUAUGGACCGGCUGCUGAGGCUCGGAGGUGGAAUGCCAGGGCUUGGCCAGGGCCCUCCAACAGAUGCACCUGCUGUGGACACAGCAGAGCAGGUGUACAUCUCCUCUCUGGCUCUGCUCAAGAUGUUGAAGCAUGGACGCGCUGGUGUGCCCAUGGAGGUCAUGGGAUUGAUGCUGGGAGAAUUUGUUGAUGACUAUACAGUGCGAGUGAUCGAUGUGUUUGCCAUGCCACAGUCAGGAACAGGAGUGAGUGUUGAAGCAGUGGACCCUGUAUUCCAGGCCAAGAUGUUGGACAUGCUGAAGCAGACUGGCAGACCAGAGAUGGUUGUGGGAUGGUACCACAGUCACCCUGGUUUUGGCUGUUGGUUGUCUGGAGUGGACAUCAACACCCAGCAGAGCUUUGAGGCGCUGUCAGAGCGAGCCGUGGCUGUCGUGGUUGAUCCCAUUCAGAGCGUCAAAGGAAAGGUUGUUAUUGACGCCUUCAGAUUGAUCAAUGCCAACAUGAUGGUGUUGGGUCAUGAACCAAGGCAAACCACAUCCAACCUUGGUCAUCUGAACAAGCCCUCAAUCCAGGCUCUGAUUCAUGGACUUAACAGGCACUACUACUCCAUCACCAUCAAUUACAGGAAAAAUGAGCUGGAGCAGAAGAUGCUGCUGAACUUGCAUAAGAAGAGCUGGAUGGAGGGUCUGACCCUGCAGGACUACAGCGAGCACUGCAAGCUCAAUGAGACCAUUGUGAAAGAAAUGCUGGAGCUGGCUAAGAACUACAAUAAGGCUGUUGAGGAAGAGGACAAAAUGACCCCCGAGCAGCUGGCGAUCAAGAAUGUUGGAAAACAGGAUCCCAAGAGACACUUGGAGGAGCACGUAGAUGUUUUAAUGACGUCCAACAUUGUUCAGUGCCUAGCUGCCAUGUUGGAUACUGUAGUUUUCCAGUGAUGGGCCUGUGUGUAUAACUGUUAAUAUUACAACCAUUGUUUUCCUUUUAUAUAAAAUAAAUGUAUGUAUGAAAUGAACAAACUGUGUCUGGAUUGAGUUGAAUAGUUUCGGUGGUAUUUUAUCUUACAAUCCACGAGUCAGUUUGUUUGAAUUGGUGCAUUCCAUAAUACUUAUCAAAGGGAAUAAAACUACUUUUGUCUUGUUUUGGGGGAGAAAAAAUAUUUGAAGGUUAAUAUCAUGCUGCAUUACUGCAUGCAUUGUUUUUUUUACCUCUUCUAGCCACUGGAUGGCGCAAGAGUUGCAUAUUUCUGGGUUAAAAACUACAAGUCCUGUUCAAGAUCAAGAUGGAAUACAUCAUGUACAGUCCUGGAAAAAAAUAUUAAGCCACCCUUGUUUUCUUUGGUUUUUUGUUAAUUUUAAUGCCUGGUACUACUAAAGGUAUAUUUGUUUGGACAAAUAUAAUAAAAAUAGUUCACAAGA